AUGGAUGCAAUGUCGAAAACAUUAGCAUCUCUCGGGUUGAUUUCGUUGCUUGUUAUCGGUGUUUUGGCUUCUGAUGAUGGAGGAUUUGGAGGGUGUAAUUGUGAGGUUGAGGGCUUUUUCGGGUAUAGAAACAUUAUGGAAGCACAAAGGGUGAGCGAUUUCUUGAUCGCGGCUGCUUAUUUCUCCAUCCCAAUCGAGCUUCUUUGCUUUGUUAGUUGUUCAAAUGUGCCAUUCAAAUGGGUACUCUUUCAAUUCAUUGCCUUCAUUGUUCUUUGCGGGAUGACGCAUUUGCUCAACGGCUGGACCUACGAACCACACCCAUUUCAGCUUAUGCUUGCACUCACCAUUUUCAAGUUUCUUACAGCGUUGGUGUCGUUUGCAACCGCCAUUACUUUGAUCACUCUCAUCCCUUUGCUUCUAAAAGUGAAAGUUAGAGAAUUUAUGUUAAAGAAAAAGACUUGGGAUCUUGGUAGAGAGAUGGGUAUGAUCAAGAAACAGAAAGAAACUGGAUGGCAUGUUCGUAUGCUCAUGCAGGAGAUCCGAAAGUCUCUUGACCGCCACACUAUUCUAUACACCACACUCGACAAGUUAUCUGAGACGCUGGAUUUGCAGAAUUGUGCGAUUUGGAUGCCGGAUGAGGCAAAAAUUAGGAUGAAUCUUACCCAUCAGUUAAAAGGCGGAAAACCUUCGACAAUUUAUGAUUUCUCCAUCCCGAUUCAAGAUCCUGAUGUUCAAGAAAUCAAAAGAAGCGAAGUGGUGAAGUUGUUGGAUCCGGAAUCAAGGCUCGCGGUUCUAAGCGGUGGACGGUCUGGUUCACCGGGAGCUGUGGCUGCAAUCAGAAUGCCGAUGCUUAGAGUCGCGGACUUCAAGGGUGGAACCCCUGAGAUGAUCCAGGCUUGUUACGCAAUACUGGUUUUGGUUCUUCCUGGUGGUCAAGUUCGAUCUUGGACCAACCCUGAACUCGAGAUAGUCAAAGUGGUUGCCGACCAAGUAGCCGUGGCCCUCUCCCAUGCCGCAGUUCUUGAAGAAUCUCAGCUUAUGAGAGAUAAAUUAGCCGAACAAAAUCGAGCUCUACAACAGGCUAAACAAGAUGCCAUGAGGGCUAGUCAAGCUCGGAACUUGUUUCAAACCGUGAUGAGUAAAAGCUUGAGGAAACCUAUGCAUUCAAUGAUGGGUUUGCUUUCGAUCAUUCAGGAUGAAAAUAUGAAUAACCAGCAACGAGUUCUUGUUGAUUCCAUGGUCAAAACGAGCAAUGUUCUCUCGAUGUUGAUCGAUGAUGUAAUGGAUGAUUCUUCUAAAGAUAAUGGAAGGUUUCCAUUGGAAAUGAGAUCGUUUCGGCUCCAUUCUUUGAUCAAAGAAGCAGCUUAUCUUGCAAAGUGUUUGUGUGCUUAUAAAAGUUACGAAUUCAUAACCGAAGCUGAUAAAACAUUGCCGGAUAACGUAAUGGGAGAUGAAAGAAGGGUUUUUCAGGUUUUGUUGCAUAUGGUUGGGAAUCUUUUGAAUGGUGGCAAUGGUGGAGGGUGCUUGAUUCUUAGGGUUUCUACAGAGAGUGGUAGCCAUGGGAGAAACGAUCAGCGAUGGGCAACUUGGAGAUCAUCCAAUUCGUCCGAUGGAUAUGUCACUGUUAAGUUCGAAAUUGGGAUCAGUGAUCGCAUCCCUCGAUUGGAAGAACGCCCUUUUGCCGAUGAUAGGAUCUGCAGUGGUGUAGUCGAGCAGGGUUUGAGCUUCGGCAUGUGCCGGAAACUGGUGGAGUUGAUGCAAGGGAAGAUGUGGGUGGUUCCGAAUCCAGUGGGAUUCAAUCAAAGUAUUUCGCUUGUCCUUCGGUUUCAACUCCGGCCAUCGAUUGUAAUCGGAAUAUCGGAAACCGGAGAGUCCUCCGAACACCACCCACUCUCGAACUCUCUUUUCAGAGGUCUUCAAGUCCUGCUAGCCGACGAAGAUGAUAUCAACCGUGGUGUUACACGUAGGCUGCUCGAGAGACUGGGGUGCAUUGUGUCGACCGUCGGCAGUGGUUCCGACUGCAUGAUGGCUCUGAGCCAGCCGGUAUUGUCGUACCAGAUUGUGAUAUUGGAUCUUGAUAUGGGCGAUGUUGAUGGGUUCGAAGUGACGUCAAGAGUCCGGAAAUCUCGAAGCCGGAACUGGCCGUUGAUAGUGGGUUUGAGUGCUAGUGGUGAUGAACAUUUAUGGGAAAAAUGCAUAGAGAUAGGGAUGAAUGGAUUGAUCCAAAAACCGGUGCGUUUACAAGGGAUUUCUGAUGAACUCAGGAGAGUGUUGAAGGUUCAGUGAGUCGGUUUACACGUAUCUCAAUUAAUUUCAUAUGGUUGUGAAGAUAACAGUCGGAAAAAUUUCCAAAGACUAACCGAUCUAACCCAGAAUAGCGGUGAAGGUUUAUUUUUAUUUUUUUAAAUUUUAUAUAAAGAUGU